AUGAACAUAAAAUUAUUAACUAUUCUCUUUUCAAUAAUAUCUUUAUGCAUUUGUUAAUCAACAAUUGUUGAAAAAAACAAAGCUCAUGAACGUAUAAAGCAUUAAUUUAAUGAAAUCUAAAGUUCCGUUUAAGAAAUUUUAUGGUGUGGUGCCGCAUCUGCCAUUUCUGAAGAUGGUGACGUAAUGACAUACAAUCAAAUUGUUAGAAAUCGCAAAAUGUACAUCCUAACUGAUAAUGGUAAUCUAUAUUUUUCAAAAGAUUAUGGUCAAACUUUAAAAUCUAUAAACGAAAUUUUACUCAAAUAAACAAGCACGUAAGGCAAUCUUAUAAUAAAAGAUAUUUUAAUAAGCCCUAUCUUAAAUACUAAGGUCUAUAUUAUAGGAUAGUCCGGAAUUAGUUUUUAUACCGAAGAUUGUGGCAAAACAUACACUAAGAUAACACAUGAGCCUUUGUUGUAAAAUUUCUAGCCUCAUAUGUAAAACUAAGAUUAUUUAAUAGCUUUGUUGCCUACUAAUUGUAGCGAAAAUGAUCCUUUAUGUUUAUCGUUUACCUAUUAGUUAUAUUUAUCACAAAACAGCGGUGCUGAAUGGAGAAAAAUACUUGAUAAUGUUACGCAAGCUUAAUGGGAUAAAAUAAAAGCGACUAUUUUUAAUAAUGAGUAUAGAAUUAUUGUUAGUUAAGCAUAAUAUUAAGGAGAAAUAAAAAAAAGACAAAUCAUUUAUAGUGAUGAUUUCUUUAAUAGUUCAUAUAUAGUAUAAGAAAAUGGUACAAGAUAUUAUCAAAGUGAAGAUUACAUAUUUAUUUUGACUUAACAGAGCACUAAAUUUAAAUUAAUAAUAGGCCCUUCUUUAGUAAAUUAAAAGCAAAGCAAAUCUGAAAUUGAUUUGCCCAUAAAAAGAGUAAAAGAUGAAUCUUUUACUAUUUUGGAUAUUGUUAAUGGAGAAAUAAUUAUUUCAAUUAACCAUGAAGGGGAUGAAAAAGGAUAUACAAAUAUUUAUGUAUCCAAUUCUUAAGGAAAACAAUUCACAUUAUCUUUAUAAUAUGCUGUAGGUGAUAAUGAUUUAAAUAUUGAUUUUGAACCUAUUCAGAGUAAUGAAGGUACUUAUAUCGCAAAUGGUUAUGCAUAAUAAUAAGUAGAAAAAUAUAAAGCCUAUAAAUCCAGAAAAGUCACAAGUAGUACUAGUACACCAUUUAAUUUAGAAAAUUAUAAAAAAACUAAAAUUUCAUUCGAUAAAGGAGGAAAUUGGCAUAGUUUGAAAGCUCCUAAAGCUUCUUAUAAUAAUACUAAAUAUGAAUGUAGUGGUGAAUGCUCACUAUAAUUAAAAGGAAGAACUGAAUUACAUGGAAAUCCUUUAUAUUCUGUCAAAUAUGCACCUGGUUUGAUACUUGCAUCUGGUAACGUGGGUAUUUAUCUUACUUAAAAUCCUUCAGAAGUUAAUGUUUAUUUAUCUAGAGAUGGAGGACAUAAUUGGGAUGAAAUUUAAUAAGGAUCUUGGGCCUAUGAAAUUGCAGACUAAGGAGGAAUUAUAGUGUUAAUUUAAGAUGAUCAACCAACCAAUUUUAUUAUUUAUUCUGCAGACGAAGGAAAAACAUGGGAAAAAUUAUUAAUUAGUUAAAAUAUUAAAUUUAAUGUUGAUGAAAUAGUCACUGAGCAUAAUAAUACAGGUAGUGUUUUUAUUAUUUAUGGAAGUUAUGAAAAUUCAAACAAUUAAAGACCAGGAAUUAUAGUUUCUAUUGAUUUUAAUUAAUAUUUUAAUAGAAAAUGCUAAGGAGAAAAUGUAGCUGAUAAUGAAGAUUCAGAUUAUGAGUCAUGGAUUCCUAUCAACUUUAGUGGAAAAAAAUGUGUAUUUGGUUAAAGGGUAGAAUAUACAAGAAAAAAAAGAGAUGCGUAAUGUUUCAAUUCACUAAACUUGAUAUAAUACAAAAAAGUUCUAAACUAAUGCGAAUGUACAGAGGAAGAUUUCUAGUGUGAUUAUGGGUAUGCAAAAGAUGAUUUCGAUCCUAAUAAAUGUGUAGCUAUGAAUGAAAAUUUCGCUAAUAAAUAAGAUAAUACUAAACCUCCUGAAAAUUGUGUUGAUUAUUACUAUGUUACUUUAGGAUAUAGAAAAAUCUCAAAUAGUUAAUGUAAAGGAGGAGUAGAAGAUUAAUAUAUGCCAAGAAGAGUUGAAUGUCCAGAUAGAUUAAGCGAAGAGUAAAAAUAAGAAUAAAUUUAAAGAGAAAAGCUAUAAAAGGAAGGAUAUGGUAAUAGAGGAAAAGAUGAAAUUAAAAAGGAAAUUUAAGCAGAAUACUUUAAUUAAAAAUAAACUUCUGAAAAUAAUAAUGGUAUCUACAAAUUAUUUUAUAAACUUAAAUUUAAAAUAAAAGUCAGUAUUUUUUUAUUUAUUAUCAAAUGA